ACGGAGUAGACGUGGCUUUCUUCCACAGCCUCUCUGGGGUCACAGGACAAGGAGCUGUUUGAGUGGACACACUUUUUUGUACUCAGCCUCUCAGGGCCUCCUGUGCUGGUCAUGCCUGUGCCCACAGAGGAUACCCCACCACCUCUGAGUGGUACCCCCACCCCAGUCCCAGCCUACUUCCGCCAUGCAGAACCUGGUUUUUCCCUCAAGAGGCCCAGGGGGCUUAGUAGGAGCCUUCCCCCCCGACCCCCUGCCAAGGGCAGUAUCCCCAUCAGUCGCCUCUUUCCUCCUCGGACCCCAGGCUGGCACCAGCCCCAACCCCGGAGGGUGUCAUUUCAAGACAAAGCCUCUGAGACCCUGCAGAGCCCUGGUUAUGACCCAAGCCGGCCAGAGUCCUUCUUCCAGCAGAAUUUCCAGAGACUUGGCCGCCUGGGUCAUGGCUCUUAUGGAGAGGUCUUCAAGGUGCGCUCCAAGGAAGAUGGCCAGCUCUAUGCAAUAAAGCGCUCCAUGUCACCAUUCCGGGGCCCCAAGGACCGGGCCCGAAAGCUGGCUGAGGUCAGCGGCCAUGAGAAAGUGGGGCAGCACCCAUGCUGUGUGAGGCUGGAGCGAGCCUGGGAGGAGGGCGGCAUCCUGUACCUGCAGACAGAGCUGUGUGGGCCCAGCCUGCAGCAGCACUGUGAAACCUGGGGUACUAGCCUGCCUGAGGCCCAGGUCUGGGGCUACCUACGGGAUACCCUCCUCGCUCUGGCCCACCUGCAUGGCCAAGGCCUGGUUCACCUUGACAUCAAGCCUGCCAACAUCUUCCUGGGGCCCCGGGGCCGCUGCAAACUGGGUGACUUUGGGCUGCUGGUGGAGCUGGAUGCAUCUGGAGCUGGUGAGGCACAGGAGGGAGACCCCCGAUACAUGGCCCCCGAGCUACUGCAGGGCUCCUAUGGGACAGCAGCCGAUGUGUUCAGUCUGGGUCUCACCAUCCUGGAAGUGGCAUGCAACAUGGAGCUGCCCCAUGGCGGAGAAGGCUGGCAGCAGCUGCGCCAGGGCUACCUGCCCCCCGAGUUCACUGCUGGCCUGUCUUCUGAGCUACGGUCUGUCCUCAUCAUGAUGCUGGAGCCUGAUCCCAAGCUGCGGGCCACAGCCGAGGCCCUGCUGGCCCUGCCUAUGCUCAGGCAGCCACAGCCCUGGAGUGUCCUGUGGUACAUGGCUGCUGAAGCCCUGAGUCGAGGGUGGGCCCUGUGGCAGGCCCUGCUUGCCCUGUUGUGCUGGCUCUGGCAUGGGCUGGCUCACCCUGCCAGCUGGCUGCAGCCCCCGAGCCCUCCGGCCACCCCGCCUGGCUCACCGCCCUGCAGCUUCCUCCUGGACAGCAGCCACUCCAGCAACUGGGAUGACGACAGCAUAGGGCCCUCGCUCUCUCCAGAGGCCAUCCUGGCCAGGGCUGCCAGGAGCACCUCCUCAACCCCCCAGAGCAGGCACACACUGAGGGAUUCCCUGGACCUAAGUGACAUUGACUGUGAGCCCCCUCAGGGCUCUUUCCCUUCCUUUGAGCCUCGGAACCUUCUCAGCCUAUUUGAGGACUCACUGGGCCCAACCUGAGCCCAUUUCAG